AUGCCAAAAAAAGUUUUCGCUCAAGCGCUGGCAGAUACUUGGAGAGAAACAAACCCCAAUAUUAUCAAAAGUGGAUUUAGAAAAGCUGGGAUUUUCCCUUUUGAUGCGCACGUGAUACCUGUGGACAAGUAUGAUCCAGAUGCAUAUAAAAGGUACCAAAAAAAGACAUUAGAAGAACAUUUUGCUUCCACACAAUCGACACCAAAAAACCCGAAGUCACUAAAAGAAAUUUGUAAUAGCUUGUUUAACAAUCAACUUGCAACAACAAAUGAUGCUCUUGAAAAUGCAAAUACCGAUGACGUUACCUUGCUGUCGCAAAUUUCAAAGUCCAGUAUCCAAACUUUGAGUUUUGUGGCCAGACAGCCAACCCAACUACCUGCAUGUUUACAGAAAUCGUCAAACACUGAUAAGGAUACCUUGUUGUCUCUGGUAUCGAAACCUGAUAUCCAGACUUUGAGUUUUGUCGCAAAACAACCAUCCCAAAUACCUAUAUGUUUACAGAAUUCUAAUCAAACAUCAACUCAAAAUUUAUCAAAAAUAAAAAUAAUCUCGAACGUUAUCAUCAAAAAAGCACCUCCACAGUUACUUCAAGCUCAACGACUACCCGAGCCAUCAUGCACAUUCGAAUAA